AUUCACGGAGCAGGGAGGGAGGGAGGAGAGGGGCAGGCUCGCGAGGCCAUGUGAUGCUGGGCGAGAGAGAGCCGCCGCGCCGGAGCCUCCUUCUUUCCUGCCUCUGAUUCCGGGCUGUCAUGGCGACCCCCAACAAUCUGACCCCCACCAACUGCAGCUGGUGGCCCAUCUCCGCACUGGAGAGCGAUGCGGCCAAGCCGGCCGAGGCCCCCGACGCUCCCGAGGCGGCCAGCCCCGCCCAUUGGCCCAGGGAGAGCCUGGUUCUGUACCACUGGACCCAGUCCUUCAGCUCGCAGAAGGUGCGGCUGGUGAUCGCCGAGAAGGGCCUGGCAUGUGAGGAGCGGGACGUGAGCCUGCCGCAGAGUGAGCACAAGGAGCCGUGGUUCAUGCGGCUCAACCUGGGUGAGGAGGUGCCCGUCAUCAUCCACCGUGACAACAUCAUCAGUGACUAUGACCAGAUCAUUGACUACGUGGAGCGCACCUUCACAGGAGAGCACGUGGUGGCCCUGAUGCCCGAGGUGGGCAGCCCGCAGCAUGCGCGGGUGAUGCAGUACCGGGAGCUGCUGGACGCGCUGCCCAUGGAUGCCUACACGCACGGCUGCAUCCUGCACCCCGAGCUCACCACCGACUCCAUGAUCCCCAAGUACGCCACGGCAGAGAUCCGCAGACAUUUAGCCAAUGCCACCACGGACCUCAUGAAACUGGACCAUGAAGAGGAGCCCCAGCUCUCCGAGCCCUACCUUUCUAAACAGAAGAAGCUCAUGGCCAAGAUCUUGGAGCACGAUGAUGUGAGCUACCUGAAGAAGAUCCUCGGGGAGCUGGCCAUGGUGCUGGACCAGAUUGAGGCCGAGCUGGAGAAGAGGAAGCUGGAGAACGAGGGGCAGAAAUGCGAGCUGUGGCUCUGUGGCUGUGCCUUCACCCUCGCUGAUGUCCUCCUGGGAGCCACCCUGCACCGCCUCAAGUUCCUGGGACUGUCCAAGAAAUACUGGGAAGAUGGCAGCCGGCCCAACCUGCAGUCCUUCUUUGAGAGGGUCCAGAGACGCUUUGCCUUCCGGAAAGUCCUGGGUGACAUCCACACCACUCUGCUGUCGGCCGUCAUCCCCAAUGCUUUCCGGCUGGUCAAGAGGAAACCCCCAUCCUUCUUCGGGGCAUCCUUCCUCAUGGGCUCCCUGGGCGGGAUGGGCUACUUUGCCUACUGGUACCUCAAGAAAAAAUACAUCUAGGGCCAGGCCUGGGGCUUGGUGUCUGACUGUCGGUGUCUCUGUGCUGUGUGUUUCCCCGUGAGCUCUCAGUAACUCACUGUCUCAUGAACACUUGGACAGCCCUCCCCGCCCUUCGUUCUGAGUAAUAAUAUCGUCAGUGUGAAAACAUUCCAUAGUUUAGAAGUAGACGUUGCCAAUGCCGUGACUCAAGGCCACGGCUCUACUAAAAGAGAGAGAGGAAGCGAGAAAGAGAGAGAAAACAAAACACAGAAACAAAACACGAAUGCCUUUUCUAUCGAUUCAAGGUCUCAAGAUGGAACUGUGGGGACUGGUUAGGAUCUUAGGUGAGUCCCAGGAUGUUUCAUCCACCAGGGCCCAGGUUCUGGGAGGUGCUGGGGACUCAGAGGGCCUUACCCCUCGCCCCCCCUUCCCUCUUGCCCAGGGAACUCUUCCACAGGACAAAGCCAACAUCAAGACUCGACUCCUCUAACCCGUACCUCUGAAUGGGGCUGGAUAACCGGAGACCCCAUGGGAGGUCCCUGAAGAUCAGAAGGGGCUUCACGCUUCUCCUGGACAUGGACUGGCUUGAGCCAAGGCAGUGGCACCCAAAAACCAGGCUGCGGUGGGGACGGACACCAUGAGCACACCCUCUCAUUGUCCUUCUGAUUUUGCCCAUGUGUUGGGUUUGGCUUUAAUAGAAAUCUCUGAAGGCAGCAGCCAUCAUCCUCUUCCUACCUUGAGUUUUUCUACCCUGUGAGGUGGGACUUUCAGUAAAAGCCAUGUUGACCCUCUCUCAGAAGGUCAGUCCAGCCCAAGUGCAGGGGCGGAUCUGGAGGUGGACAAACCUAGGUCCCCCUCCUAGCCUCUGUCCAAGCCAUCUCCUUCAAUACCCCCCCUUCCUGUCACUCCUGGGGCUGCCCCCGUGCUACACCGUUUCAUGGAGCCGGGGACAGGGGGGAAGUCUCUGCAUCCACGCCACCCACCCCAGUCGGGUCUCACUUUCCUGUGCCUUUUGCAUGUUGGGAAAGGGUCUUGGUGUCACUGCCGCUCAUGCAUAGAAACCACCAGAAGCCCCAAUAAAGCAUCCAGGAGGA